ACGUGCUUUGUGCCUCGCGUGGUUGCCUUUAGGAAGACCUGACGUCGAUGAUGUAAGCUCGGUGGUGUAAACGCGCAAGACAUCAACAAGGAUGGAGCGGUACGAGAGCCUGGGCGUGGUCGGAGAGGGGUCCUACGGCCUGGUCCUUCGGUGUCGCCACAAGGAGUCGGGGCAGGUGGUGGCCAUCAAGAAGUUCCUGGAGAGCGAAGACGACCACACGGUCAAGAAGAUUGCCCUGAGGGAAGUGCGGAUGCUGAAGAAACUCCGCCACGAGAACCUGGUGAACCUCAUCGAGUUCUUCCGGCGCAAACGACGCCUUUACCUCGUGUUCGAGUACGUCGACCACACCAUCCUCGACGAGUUGGAAGCCACGGAAACCGGCUUGGAGGAGGAGACGGCGAGGGCGCACAUUUUUCAGGUGUUGAGGGGCAUCGCCUUCUGCCAUCAGAAUCAGAUCAUCCACCGGGACAUCAAACCCGAAAACGUCUUGGUGAGUCGUCUCGGAGUCGUCAAACUGUGUGACUUCGGCUUCGCUCGCCUCUUAGCUGGACCGGGAGAGUCGUGCACCGAUUACGUAGCUACGAGAUGGUACCGGGCGCCCGAGCUACUGGUUGGGGAUACCAAAUAUGGGAGAGAGGUGGACGUGUGGGCGUCGGGCUGCCUUCUGUCCGAGAUGCUGACGGGGGAGCCGCUGUUCCCCGGAGAGAGUGACAUCGACCAGCUUUUCCACAUCAUUCAGACGCUGGGCGAGCUGAGCACCCCGCACCGCCAGCUGGUGGAGCGGAACCCGAUGCUGGCCGGCCUCCGCCUCCCCGCCGCCGCCUCCACGCCCCUGUCGGCCUCCUUCCCCAACUGGUCCUCCCGCGCCCACGCCUUCGUCUCCGCCUGCCUCUGCCUCGAGCCCGUGUCACGCCCCUCGGCCCAGGAGCUCCUCAACCACGAGUUCUUCACCCACGACGGCUUCCCCGAGACCUUCCUGCCGGUGCUGCGGCAGAAGGUGCAGCAGGAGUUCAGCACCAACGUCCUCCUGGGCAUGACCGGCGGCGGGGGGAGGCGGGGCUCGAGCACGCCCGCCAGGAGGACCCAGGGGCGCAAGGUAACCGGGGGCGGCUCCCCUGAGAGCGUCUACGGCCGGAGCAUCGGUAGGGCGCCGCAGCCUACCACCACAGCGACCACAACGCCCGCGAGAGCAGACGCCACGACCAUCCCCGCCAGAUCCUCACCCACCAAGCACACCCUCCAGGCAACAGGCCCCCGCCCGACCGUGUCCUUCGCGACCCUCACGCCCUCGCACAGCAGAACAGGGGCGUCCAUACAGAGCCUCGGGGGCGUGGCCUCCUUCACCGCGGCAGGAGGAGGGGGCGUGGCUGACGAAGGGCUGAUGCUACCCCUGAGAGAACUGCACGCUGCCAACUCCAACACGGCCUCAAUAAACAACAACAAUAACACAAUCGCUCUCACUUUGCACAUCACGGGCACGACCAACACAGCGUCGCCUGCACGCACGACCAGAGCCAGCGACAAGUGCCGGAAGUCGCCCGUGAACAUCUGGGGCUCGAGUCUGAAGGCUCGCGGUCAGGGCCUGUGCAUCCAGGGCCAGGGCCAGACGCCGAGCCAGAGCCAGGGCCAAGGCCACUGGGACGACGACGACCACUUCGGGGCCAUGAUCGCCGACGGUCCGCCCUCCUUCACCGCCGUCACCGCCAGCAGCCGCCAUCUGGGGGGCGACCUCCCCCGCACGCCGGCCGAGCACGCCAGGGCCUCCGACAUGAGCCGCCAUCCCUACACCAUCAGCCUGGACCGGACCAAGGAACUCGUGGCCAGGGAUUCCCCGUCCUCCUUCAGGGACUUCACCAGAGACCCCCUGAAGGAAAUCAAGGACAACCCGCUCAGGGAUCCUCUGAGAGAUCCUUUGGGCUACAGAGACUCCCUCAGGAGACCUCGGCUGGAGGUGAUGGGCUGGGCCAAGCCUCGCCUGCUCAACGACGACCUCUCACUGCCGAACGUCCCCGGAGGUAAGGCUCAUCCUUGGGUUCAUUUCGUGUUUUGCUGA